AUGACUGCUCCAUACCCAAUCCCAAAGCCAUUCAGAAUCUGCAUUAUCGGUUCCGGUAACUGGGGUACCGCCGUGGCCAAGCUUGUGGCCGAGAACACCGCUGAAAAGCCUGAAAUUUUUGAACCAAAGGUCAACAUGUGGGUGUUUGAAGAGGAGAUCGAGGGCAAGAAGUUGACUGAAAUCAUCAACACCGACCACGAGAACGUCAAGUACCUCCCAGGCGUCAAGUUGCCUGAGAACCUUGUUGCCAACCCAGACAUCGUCUCCACCGUUGAGGAUGCUGAUCUCUUGGUUUUUAACAUUCCUCACCAGUUCCUUCCAAAGACCUGCAAGCAGCUUAUUGGCAAGGUGAAGCCUACCGCCAGAGCCAUCUCCUGUCUUAAGGGCUUGGAGGUUGACGCCAAUGGCUGCAAAUUGUUGUCUCAGUCCAUCACCGACACUUUGGGCAUCUACUGUGGUGUCCUUUCUGGUGCCAACAUCGCUAACGAGGUCGCCAGAGGUAGAUGGUCCGAGACCUCCAUUGCCUACAACAAGCCAGACGACUUCCGUGGCGAGGGCAAGGACAUUGACGAGUACAUCUUGAAGGAGGCUUUCCACAGAACCUACUUCCACGUCAGAGUCAUCAAGGAUGUCAUUGGUGCCUCCAUUGCUGGUGCUUUGAAGAAUGUCGUCGCCUGUGCCGCUGGUUUCGUCGAGGGCGCCGGCUGGGGUGACAAUGCCAAGUCUGCCAUCAUGAGAAUCGGUCUUGCUGAGACCAUCCGUUUCUCCUCUUACUGGGAGAAGUUCCACAUCCAGGGUCUUUCUGCUCCAAACCCCUCCACCUUCACUCAGGAGUCUGCCGGUGUUGCUGACCUCAUCACCACCUGCUCUGGUGGUAGAAACGUCAAGGUUGCUCGUUACAUGAUCGAGAACAAGGUUGACGCCUGGGAAGCCGAGAAGAAGUUGCUCAACGGCCAGUCUUCUCAGGGUAUCAUCACCGCCAAGGAGGUGCACGAGCUCUUGGUGAACUACAAGCUUCAGCACGAGUUCCCAUUGUUCGAGGCCACCUACAACGUCAUCUACGAGAACGCCGACAUCAACGAGUGGCCUGUUCUCUUGGAGCAGGACGCCUAA